AGGAUCCGACUGUUCUGUUCUCUGAGGUGUCUUUCUCCCAGCCUGGUGCUGCUAAGCGACGCUGGCAUCGCUCAGGUCACAGCGAACGUCACUCUCUGGAGAGCACAGGAAGCAUCUUGCCAUCGACACGGGCCCACUCGAUCCGCUCAAACCACGAUGGUUAUGCAAACAGUCAUAGGAGUGCAUCGAUCUCAUCACAAGAGCAAGACCCGCGGCAGACCAGUCGUCGCGCAUCGAUGGAUUCUGAACACCUAGACCCAAUGGCAGCAAGACGAGCCUCGGUUGUAAGCUGGAUCCAUCGAAAAAUGUCUGUAAUAUCAGGAGGCGAUGGCGCGAACACUCAGAGGUACCUCCAAGAGUCGGAAGAAGCGUGUCAUUCCGAAAAGACAAAUCCUGCUCCCACUCAACAAAGCGAAAUGGUUGCAGUGCGAGACUUUGCCAGCCAGGCACCCGUGGGAUCCGGAAGGGACCGUAAGACAUCUCAUUUCGGGACGCAGUUUCAACCUGAAGUACAGUUCGACGAUGUAGGGUUUGAGGACUUCACAAAUGAGCCCAUGCCGGACAGUGAUUCGGACAGCGAUGGGGACAGUGAUGAAGACAGCACCGAGAUAUCGUCUGACACUGGAAUUUCCAGCAUCGAUGAAAAAUCGACCACAGAUGACGAACCUGAGGAUCGCGCCAAAAGCGUGAACGCCUCGGUUUCCUCGCAUCGCAGUGGAAAUACCACGGACCCAGCCACCGCAAAGCCGAAGCACAGCACAGCUGCAGUUCAGGAUGAUGUACCUGCCGCAGCCCCAGAGGCAACGACUACCAACACGCCUGACGAUCGUGAUGUGUCACAGCUGGACCCCAAAGCAGUCAGCGCCACCCCUGGAUCGAGUAUAACAACGGAGCCAAUUCGGAAGAGGCAACUUUCAUUUGCCAUUCCUGAGAUACAACAUUCUGGUAAUCUCAACUCCGGUCAGACUCGCAGGCGCUACGAUAAGCGAUUGAGUUUGCGCCAGAUACGCGGCGCUGAAGAAGAGACACCUUUCAGCCUA